AUGGCAGUCACUCAGUGCACGUUGUUUCAGGUGUGGUUCCAGAACCGGCGCGCCAAGUGGCGCAAGACGGAGAAGUGCUGGGGCCGCAGCACCAUCAUGGCCGAGUACGGCCUGUACGGCGCCAUGGUGCGCCACUCGCUGCCGCUGCCGGAGACCAUCCUGAAGAGCGCCAAGGAGAGCAACGAGUGCGUGGCGCCCUGGCUGCUAGGCAUGCACCGCAAGUCGCUGGAGGCGGCCGACCAGCUGAAGGACGACACGUGCGGCUCGGACCACGAAGACCAUCAGGAGACGUCCUCGGCGGCGACGGACAAGAGCGACGGCAGCGCGCGCGCCUCCCCGGCGGCGCACCAGCUGGCCGCCGCCGCCGCCGCCUCCGACGACCCGGAGCAGUUCCGCAACCACAGCAUCGCGUGCCUGCGCGCCAAGGCGCAGGAGCACAGCGCCAAGAUCCUGGGGCUGGGCGACGCCAACGGCAACACGCUGCCUCGCGGGCACGGCGGCGAGCUGGCGGCGCUCGCGUCCUCCGACACGUCGUCGUCCGUGUUCUGA